GUUCCCAGCGCGCCGCCGGAGUGUGGUGAGGGCUCUGCCAAUCGCGGGCGGGCAGAGCGGGGCCGGGAUGCGCGGAGUUAGGAGCGCAGACAAAAGAAGUUAAAGAGCCGCUUAAUAUAUACAUGUUUUUGAAGGCGGGUAGAGGGAAAAAAAUAACAACAGCCAGCGUAGAUGGGCUUGGCUGUGUCGUUAUGGAGCCCCCUUUGAGCAAGAGGAACCCGACCCUGAGAUUAGCAGAUUUGGCAGCGGCUCAGCCCCAUCCUCAACAGAACAUGACAGGCUUCCCGGGGCUGGGGAACCACCACGUCCACCCCCACCACGCGGCCCACCUCCACCCCGGGGACGCAGGCGGCGACCCCGGCGGUGCCCUCACGCCGCUCGGACCUGAGCACAUGGCGCAGCCGGCCGCCCUCAAGCUCACUCCCGAGGCGCUCACCGCCGCCGCCGCCGCUUUCGCUGCGCCCGCCGCCACCACCGCCACCGCCGCCGCCACCGCUGCCGCCGCCACCACCGCCGCCGCCGCUUACGCGCCGCCCGCCACUACCCUCCAGGGCUACCCGGCGGGGGGGGCGGCAGGCCGGGACUUCAUCUUGCGGCGGGAGCUGCCCGCUGCCGCUGCUGCCGCCGCGGUGCACGGGGCGCUGGGCGAGCAGCACCCUCCCGCCGGCUCCCCCCACCUCCCGCACGCGCCUCCCCACGGCGUCUUCAUCUCGGCAGCCGGCACCUACGGCGCGGCCGACGGGGCGCACGCCGCUUUCCCGCCGGCGCCCGGCGAGCAGGGCGCGCCUACCGGCCGCCACCCGCCUCUCAACGGGCAGAUGCGGCUGGGGCUGGCAGCCGCAGCCGGAGAGCUCUACGGGCGCGCCGAGGCUCACUACGGGGCUGCCGCCGCUUCCUCCUCGGCGCUGCAAGGUUACGGCUCCGUCAACCUCAACCUGGCGGCAGCGGCGGCGGCCGGGCACGGGCACCCGCACCACCCCCAUCCACACCACCAUCACCACCAUCAUCAUCACCACCAUCACCAUGCCCACGUCGGGGCGGCGGCGGCUGCGGCAGCGGCAGGGGCCUUCCUGCGGUACAUGCGGCAGCCCAUCAAGCAAGAGCUGAUCUGCAAGUGGAUCGACCGGGAGCCGCCUCCUCCGCCUCCUCCUCCGCCGCCGCCACCGGGCGGUAGGAAACCUUGCUCCAAAACUUUCAGCACGAUGCAGGAGCUGGUGAGCCAUGUCACCGUGGAGCACGUCGGCGGGCCCGAGCAGAGCAGCCACGUGUGCUACUGGGAGGAGUGUCCCCGGGAAGGCAAACCCUUCAAAGCGAAAUACAAACUCAUCAACCACAUCCGAGUGCACACGGGAGAGAAACCCUUUCCCUGCCCCUUCCCCGGCUGCGGGAAGGUCUUCGCCCGCUCCGAAAACCUCAAGAUCCACAAGCGGACUCAUACAGGGGAGAAGCCCUUCAAGUGCGAGUUCGACGGCUGCGAGAGGAAGUUCGCUAACAGCAGUGACCGCAAGAAGCACUCCCACGUCCACACCUCGGACAAGCCCUACUACUGCAAGAUCCGCGGCUGCGACAAGUCCUACACCCACCCUAGCUCCUUGAGGAAGCACAUGAAGAUCCACUGCAAGUCCCCUUCGCCCUCUCCGCCGCUGGGCUCCCAGGGCUACACGGCUGCGGCGGCGGGGCCCCCCGACGGGCCGCUACCCCCUGAGGCCUCUCUGGCAGCCGAGCCGCCCCGCGGCCCCACCGCUGCCCUCUCUCCGCCGGUCACCGACCUCAGUGAGUGGUACGUCUGUCAGGCCGGGGGCGCUCCCCGACGGCCCCGCACCCCCUCCAGCCGCGACACCUCCCCGACCUCCGAGGGGGAUGAGCCCCACAGGACCUCGGGGGGCAGAACCGCUCCCUAGGGCCGGGCUGAGCCGUGCCGUGCCGCUGUUGUCUCCGGCCCUGCUGCACUGACCUAAGCUGCCCGGGAGCAAAGGAGUGGGAGGGCUGGCGUGGAAGCGCCAUCAGGUUUGACUCGCGCUAUUUAUUCCGUGUACGAAACCCUAUGGUGUUUGUACGGUAACUAAUUUAAUUAAAGAGACUCGGAGUUUUUAA